UUGAAAAGCAAUAAUAAUAAUAUGCUGGUGGUGGUUCUUAAUAAUCUUGCCACCAGCUUGCCACAAUAUCCAAAAAUUUAUAGGUACUCAAAGAAAACUGCUAGUAGGUACUACCUAGGUACCUUAGCAUUAGUGUAGGUACUUAUUUCAAAUAGGUCGUAUUUAACACGGUAAAAGAAGUCUAUAAAAAAUUCCCAUCGACUACACAAGGUCAACGAAGUGUACAUAGGAAUUGUGAUGAGUCGUAAACUUGUUAUAGCGUCUAGCUUUAAAAGGCCUGUUUCCAGGGGGUCCUUUGCAAAUACCCGUGCCUACAGCUCUAUAAUUAUUUAUAAUAGCGACGACAAGGGGGGUUGCAGAAGUGGGGAGACGGCGUUUUGCGCAUGCUCCAUUCAGACGAUGAAAUGGGGCGACCCUCGGUAACUUCAGUGUACAGCUGAGAGACCCAAGGCGACUCGCCACUCAUAUAAUCUCGAUUUUUGAGUCUCAGGACCAUAAAACCCUACAUUUUCAAAAAGUAAAAAUGAAGCCAAAUUUAUUAAAACUGCAACAGCUCCAAAAACUGCGUUUUAAACAUCUUACGUUGUGACGCACAAUUUUGUAAUUUCAAUCAAUUAAUCUAAUUUGGAUACUCAUAAUUUAUAAAAUAUUUGUUAAGGAUCUACAUUUAUAACAUCUUGUAUGUUAAAGUAUCUACCAACUAAUUAUAUUAUUAUGACUAUAUUUUUGUACGGAACGAUGAUGAUAAUUUUAUUGAAUUGACGAAGAAGGAAUUUGUUACUGUCGUGGUUAGUCAACGUUUAUUAAAAGCGAAGCUUACUAGUUGUUAUAUCUGUAAUAUGUAUUGAAUUGCAUAAAAAUUAAUUAGGUGCUAGAAAAAAAAAAUUAAAUUAAGUAGUAGUACCUAUUAUAAGUAGCUAAUGCCGGUGAAUCAACUACAGUUAAAUUAGGAAGAAGAGAUGGAGCCAUAUUCAGAUGAUCUGCUCUGGUUGGUGAUUUGUGGUUUUGUGGUUGCAUUUAUUUUGGCCUUUGGGAUCGGCGCUAAUGACGUAGCAAAUUCAUUCGGAACAAGCGUUGGGUCAAAAGUCCUCACACUCACACAAGCAUGCAUACUUGCAACAAUUUUCGAAAUCGCAGGAGCAGUUUUGAUCGGUUACAAGGUAUCUGAUACGAUGCGCAAGGGCAUACUUGACGUGACUCUAUACGACAACGGCGGUGAACGACUGCUGGCUGCCGGGUGCCUGGCAGCUCUGAUCGCCGGAGCAGCCUGGCUGAUCCUCGCCACAGCUUUGAGGCUCCCAGUGUCAGGGACACAUUCGGUGGUUGGUGCUACUGUUGGGUUCACACUGACGGCAAAAGGCCCAGUUGGCGUGCGUUGGUCUACACUAGGGGCGAUUGUUUUAUCAUGGUUUAUAUCGCCUGCACUCAGCGGUACGGUAUCAGCACUACUAUACUGGUUGGUCCGUAGAUUCAUUCUGCGCGCAAGUCAGCCGUUGACUGCAGGGUUGAAAGUCCUGCCUUUGUUCUACGGCGCCACUAUUGCUGUUAAUGUGCUAAGUGUGGUCCUCGAUGGCCCAAAAUUGUUGGCAAUGGACAAUAUACCACUAUGGAUGGCUUUGUCAGGAUCCCUGGCUUUGGGUGUAUUCGCGGCGAUUUGCGUGCGCACCUUCCUCGUGCCCUAUUACCAACGUCGUUUUGUGACACCGCCUGUUAACUUUACCCUCGGAUUAUCAAACGAAACGACCCCAGCUAAUACACCCACACAUACAAAAAAUAAUGUACCUCAACGGCCAACUUCGUUACUAUCUGAGGACGGCAAACUCCUCGAAGCUAUAGAAGAGAGUGCAGAAAUGGUUACCCUAAGCGAUGCUGACAAAUGUUCCGCCGGCAUCAAAGAGAUGAAUGCUAGAAACCGAGCUCUACUGGCCACGAUGGAUGACUGCAGUAUUCUUUCCCGAAGUUUAAGCCCACCAAACAAAUCACGUUUACAGUUAAUAGAUGCUGACCCCCAAAUAAAUACUCUCAAAUACAUAGACGAGACAUUAAGCUGUUGUAAGAGUUUAGAUUCAGCUCAGCUGGUGGGAAUGGGUGAAAGCUAUGAUUCGAAGAAUGGGUUUCUGGGAGAUUCGUGUGAUACGAUCGCACGCGGUGAGUUUGGGCGAUUAUCGGCGAUGAGAAUGCCUACCGUUGCAGUGGAAUUUGACACUCCGCCGCCGAGAUCUGAUAAGGGUCCAGAAGGUGGCAGCGCGUGGAGUAUAGAGUGCGAGAUACGAAAUGCACGACUGGCGGCGAUCACACCCAACUCCAGCGCUGCGCCUCUGCUCCGCGGCAGCAGCCCAGCGCCGCCGGUGGCGCCACCACCUCCGCCGGCGGACACUCUGCGACUGUUCUCCUUUCUGCAGGUCCUCACUGCUACCUUCGGGGCAUUCGCUCAUGGAGGCAACGAUGUCAGCAACGCCAUAGGUCCACUAGUAGCCCUCUGGUUGCUAUACUCGGAGGGAGGAGCGCACGCGAAAGCGGAGACUCCACUGGCGAUACUGGUGUUUGGUGGAGUCGGCAUCGCACUGGGCCUGUGGCUGUGGGGACGGCGGGUGAUUCAAACUGUGGGCGAGGACCUCACCAGCAUCACGCCUGAUACAGGGUUUACCAUCGAGCUGGGAGCGGCGCUGACGGUGCUGGUGGCGAGCAAGGCCGGGCUGCCCAUCUCCACCACGCACUGCAAGGUUGGCUCCGUCGUCUGUGUGGGAUAUUUCUCCGAAAAAUCUGUGGACUGGAGUUUGUUUAGGAAUAUAAUAUUCGCUUGGGUGGUAACGGUUCCGGCCGUGGCGGCCACGGCGGCGCUCGUUAUGCUGGCUCUCGAAACGUUCGUCGUUUGAAUUGAACUCAUGAACUGCAGGCUUAGUACCAGUUUAAAUAUUCCGACAACGUUGAUACAUUUCGAAUAUCCAAACACCAUAACGUCAAACCAGAGUGAACUGUCAAACUAAAAUGACCUAAACGGCCUUAUUUCAAUAAAAAGAGGUUCUUUUCUGUGUUAGCCCGUAGCGUAGAUAUACCUACCUGUGAUGUAUGUAUGUUGACGUUUUUCUCAAAAAUCAAUUUAGUUCAAAACUAUAAUAUACUUAACUAUCACUUACCUACCUAGUAUUAUUAUGUUAAAUAACACCACUUACGUAGCUUAGCGAUCAGAAAAAAACUGUAAAAUGAACAGACUGCAGAAACGUUGUUUAAAUACUUAGUUGUAAUUUUUUUGAGCAACAAAAAAUAGAGUAUUACCAAAAUAACCCUUAAGGGUCCGUUCGCACUCUACGCAGUGGAAGUACGACUAGAUUUUUGAUUCGCCGUUAAAUCCCGAAAUUAUAAAAAAUAAAUAAUAGGUGAACAUAAAAACUUUACAAAUUAAGUAAAAAAUUCAUGAAUAGGUGACUAAUUUCUCUAUAGUAAUUUAGUAAAUUAGACAAAUCUCAUCAUCUAAUUUAGACAUAUAAAUAAAAAAUAUAUAUUCUCUCACCUCUCUUCCCGACAUUUUUCUGGUUCUUCACCGGUAUAUCAAUUAAUCUAAAUAAGUGUUUAGAUAUUUUUAUUAUAUAUUUUAAAAAAACUUGGGUCCAGAAUUUUUAUAUAUGUAUUUUAUUUACCUAAGUAUAUCACUCUUGUCCAUUUUCAAAACUGUAUACAUACGUAAUUGACUCAAGUAUAUCUUCGGAUCUAUACUUAUCUACUCUACGUGUAAAGAAGGUAAUAACUAUCACGUGUUUUAAUAAUAUACUUACCUAUAAUAUAAGUUUACCUACACUUUUUGAUCAACUUCGCUCAAUUUCGUUUAUAGGAUCUCCAAAAUUGUGAAAAGACAAAUCAAAUCAUACCUAAAUAUUAAAUACUAAUAUUAGGUUACAUCAUUUUAACCAUUUACUCUUUUAUUUAUGCUAUCGCUAUUAUAUUUUAAUGGUUCCUUCUUUUCCUAAGUCAAAAACGUUUUUACUAACAAUUAGUAUUUAUUAUAUAAUCUAAAAUAACUAAGUCAAAUAUUUCUUUACCUGUCCAUUAUUUUCAAAUAGGUCCCUUACUUACCACCUGCUUAUAAUAUAGAUCUGUAGGUAUUCGUAAAAUGGUUGUAAACAAGCAUUUUAGAAUUCCGUAGCCUCACUCGAUCCAUAAAAUAAUUACUUACAGUAAAAAACAUAAAUGUAAAAUGCCUGAAUAAACUCUUGUUUAAUAAGUUAAGGAUUGUCAAUUUAACAUCUAAAAUGCCACUGAUUAUUAUGUAAAAAAAAACAAUUGUUAAAUAAAGUAAAUAGAUUCAAAAGCUGU